GGGGCAGAUCAGACCUGCAGAGUGGAGUCACCUCUGGGUCCUGCUAGGGGCCCAGAUCUUGGACUGGGUUUCUCUCUGAACCACAACCACUGACUUUGCUACUUUUUAACUCUGAGGAAUCUCUGGUUCCUCUGCUGCCUCAAAUAUAGACACACUGUCUCUCUCCUGCUGGAUUACUUUGGAAAUUCUACAAGACUUUAUUUACCUACUUAUGUUUAAAUUAUUUUCUGUUUGGCCUGGGGCAGAGGGUUAAGUUAAUCACCCUGUCAGAUCCCUAUUCCCUGUAGCCCUUGGUCUCUAAGACUUACGGGCCCCUCUCCCCUGCCCUGUUCUAGGUACUUUCUUUGAUUUCCCCACUCCCACCCUAUCUCCUACCCUCCCAAAGACGACCCUCUAAAUCUUUUGAUACAUAUCCUUGAAUUGUUCUGUAUCUUUGCAAAAUGUGUCCUUGUUUUGUGUGUGUACGCUACUUUUUAAACUGUGUGAUCAGGAACAAGAAAGUAAUUUCUCUGUACCUCUGUUUCCUCAUCAUUAAAUGGGAUUAACACUCCCUCAUGAGGUGGCUGUGAAGAUUUAAGUUGAUAACAACAGCAUGAGCCAAUUAGGACAGUGACUGGCACUACUAAGUAUCCAGUAACAACUACAUUCUCCUAACGCUUGAUCAGCAUGAAUUUCAACAGAUGUCUGUAUAAUAUUGGGGAACAGCUGGGCAGUGAAGACCUGGCUGCCCUCAAGUUCCUGAGCCUGGACUACAUUCCACAUAGGAAGCAGGAACCCAUCAAGGAUGCCUUGGUGCUAUUCCAGAGGCUCCAGGAAAAGAGAAUGUUGGAGGAAAGCAACCUGUCCUUCUUGAAGGAGCUGCUUUUCCGAAUAAAUAGACGGGAUCUGCUCACCUACCUGGACACCAGUGUGGAGGAGAUGGAGAGGGAGCUUCAGAUGCCGGGCAGGGCCCAGAUCUCUGCCUAUAGGGUCAUGCUUUUUCAGAUUUCAGAAGAUAUGACCAAACAGGAAUCGAAGGACUUCAAGUUUUUUUUGAGGCAGGAGAUCGCCAGAUAUAAGCUGGAUGAUGACAUGACCUUGCUUGAUAUUUUCAUAGAGAUGGAGAAGAGGGUCAUGCUAGGGGAAAGAAACUUGGACACCCUGAAAAGAAUCUGUGAGCAAAUCAACAAGAGCUUGCUGAAGAAAAUCAACGAUUAUGAAGAACUAAGCAGAGAGCAAGGAAUGAGCCUUGGAAGAGGUCCAGAUGAAUUUUCAAACGAUAUGUCACAAUUGUUCAUAAGUAGGGACUCCUUUGAAAUGCUGGCCAUGUCGGACUCUCCAGGAGAAAAGGACAGUGAGUCACAGAGUCAGCUCCUGGGCUGGAUUUUUGUUUUCCAGACAUCGAACACAGUUUACCGAAUGAAAAGCAAACCUCGGGGAUACUGUUUGAUCUUUAACAAUUAUGAUUUUAGCAUAGCAAGGAAGAAUGUGCCCAAACUUCACAGCAUGAAGGAUAGGAAUGGAACAAACUUGGAUGCAGAGGCUUUGAGAAAGACCUUUAGUGAGCUUCAUUUUGAGAUAGUGAAUUACGAAGACUACACUGCGAAGAAAAUCUGUGAGGUUCUGAAAUCCUACCAAAGCAUGGACCACAAUGACAAGGACUGCUUCAUCUGCUGCAUCCUCUCCCAUGGAGACAAAGGCAUCAUCUAUGGCUCCGAUGGGCAGGAAGCCCCCAUCUAUGAGCUGACCUCUUACUUCACUGGUUCAAAGUGCCCUUCCCUUCUUGGCAAACCCAAAAUCUUUUUUAUUCAGGCUUGUCAAGGGUAUAACUACCAGAGAGGUAUAGCUGUUGAAACUGACUCAGAACAGAAGGAAACCUAUUUAGAAAUGGAUUCAUCACUUCAGAAGAGAUAUAUCCCAGAUGAGGCUGACUUUCUGCUGGGGAUGGCCACCGUGGACAACUGUGUUUCCUACCGAAGCCCCAUGGAGGGGACCUGGUAUAUCCAGUCACUUUGCCAGAGCCUGAGAGAAAGAUGUCCUAGGGGUGAAGAUAUUCUCACCAUCCUUACCAAGGUGAACUUUGAAGUAAGCAAUAAGGAUGACAAGAAAAAUAUGGGCAAACAGAUGCCACAACCUACUUUCACACUGAGGAAAAAACUCUUCUUUCCCCUUAAUUGAUGCUAUUGUUUAGUUGCAUAACUAAACAGUAAUUAAAAUGCUGCUAUUUUAUUCUUUCUUUCUUUCUUUUUUUUUCUUGAUAGCUGGAAGUCAAGAGAAUGGGAAUCAGGACAAUAUAAUUUUCAUGCAAAUUCAAUCUAAAUCUCUGGCUUUGCAAUAGCUAGACAGUCAUAGCUGUAGGCAUGAUUUUAAUUGUAUCUUUAAUUUGAUGAGAAGGUUUAAAAAUGAACUUGUAGUAGAUACAAAAAGUAUAGUAAGUUUAAAAGAAAUGUCAAAGAUCACUGAGGGGGAUAUUUGUGAUCUGAUCUGGCUAAAAAAAACCCUCAUGUGUUGAGGUUGAGGGUAUAAUGCUCCCACAUCCAGCCUGAUUGCUGGUGGUGAGUGUGACAAACUAUCCCAGAAACAUGUGAGCUUCUUCUCCUGCACCAUGAGCUGACUUUGCUUUUCAGUGGUGAAAGACACCACUGUUUAGACUUAGAUUUCAAAAACCUAAGCAUGAUUUUCCUUGUUUUUAUUACUCAUAAGUACAGUA